CUUUCACUAUUUUGAGUUAACCUAUAUUGGCGUAAUGGAUUGCAUUUUAACUUAAAUUUAAUAUGCGUCACGUAAAAAAUAUUUUUAAAUAUAUAAAAUAGCAUGCAUAAUGCGUAGCCUAAUGAGUCUAUGACUGUUUUAUUUUUUUUUAUUGUUCAUUGUUACGCAUUGCAGCCUAAUACUUACUAAAACUUACUUACCUACUUUAACUUACUAAUAAUAGUAAUUGAGACUCUGACUGAAUGACUUCAGUCACGAGUGAGGUCUGAUUCUGCUGAGCGAUAUUAAGAAAAUAGAAGGGAAUAAUCUAAAUUUGCUUUCAUUCUCAUCUUUGUUAGACUUAACUAGUGGAAAAUAUAAAUAAAACAAUCAGUCAUUUGGAGGCCUAGAUCUAAUCUAAUUGAAUAUUUUAAUCUUAAUACUAAUACCCUUGCAUUUAACUAAGAUUAUUUUUAAAAUCUUUUACUGAGAAAGUGUAAUAUUUACAAUAUAAAAAUACAAUUCGAAUUUUUUUUUAAUAAAUACUUAUUCGAACAUUUUUAUUUUGACUUUGCAUAAAAGUAUUUAUUCGUAAUUUAGGCUACCCGUGAUUAUUAAAUAAUUGAUAAUUUAGCAGUGUGAAAUGGUCAGGAAUGUUCUUUUGACUGUCACAUAAUUUGUUCUUAAUUUUUCAUAACAUAAUUAUUCAUUAACUAUAUCUUUAAGAAUAUCUGUGAUUGCCUUAAAAACCGUAAUGUGAUGUUUUUAGUUGUAACGCACGCCCCCCCCCCCCAAUCCUCCCGCUAUCUAAUAACUUUGUACAACUGCAAGUCAUUUUUCUUGUUCAGUCACUGAGUUUUACAUGAUAUAAUUAAGUACAAAUAGUUAAGAGUGCGCAGACUUUCUUCUUCCACUUCAAAAGCAUAAAAAGUUAUUCAUUGGAUUUGAAGAAAAUGAAGAUUAUGACAUGGAAUAUAAAUGGAAUUCGUUCCGCCAGAGGAAAGACCAGUACCAAGAGUUUUUUAGAUUCCUUAAAUGCAGAUAUAAUAUGCCUUCAAGAAACAAAAAUAUCCCGUGAGUUUUUCCAAACAAAUAAUGUUAGCAUAUAGGCCUAUUUGUCAUUAAAUGUAUUUUUUUUAAAAUUUCUGUUACAUUAUAACUAUUGUGCAAAAUAAAAAUAAAUUAAAUUAUCUGAUUAUCCUGAUUGAAUUAUUAUUAGUCACUUUUUCCAUAAUUACAUUUUUAUGCUCCAUAAGAAUUUAUGAUAGUUUUUUCAUAACAAAAAUCGACAAGAUAAAAGAAUACAAUUAAUUAGUCACUUUUUCCAUAAUUACAUUUUUAUGCUCCAUAAGAAUUUAUGAUAGUUUUUUCAUAACAAAAAUCGACAAGAUAAAAGAAUACAAUUAAAACUCUUUCUUACCUUUAAUACGUUUAUUAUUUUUAGGAGACAUGUUGGAUGAGACAGCAGCUAUUGUGGAUGAUUAUGAAUCCUACUUCAGCUUUUCAAGAAAAAAAACAGGCUAUUCUGGUAAAUAUUCACUUCAGAAAUAAUCUGCUCUUUCGUUAACUUUAAUUAACUCCAAAAUAUUCAUUCCUGAUGUAGUUUCUAGGAUUCUGAACUAUUCUUACUUUAUGGUACUGAUGUAGGCUAUAAAUUGCAAUUAGCGCCAAUUUUAUUGAUUGUUUUAAUAUAAUUUUUAAUUUCAUUCUAAAUUUGUAACCAUUUUCUAUAGGGGUGUGCCGGAAUCUGGUCCGGAAUCCGGUUCCGCCGGAUUUUGCACUAUCCGGUGAAAUCCGGUUCCGCCAGAUUUACAUGUAUCCGGAACAACCGGAAUCCGGAAUAUACCGGAUUUCGGAAUUUGCCAGAUUUUGUGACUCACUGGAUCAUAAUCUGAAAUAAAAGUAAUUCUCUUUCCCGAAUUCCACACGCUCACGAUUGUUACGCACUGACUUGUGUUGGGAGAAAUUAAUCUCCUAUUUUAAUUUUAAUUUUAAUUGGCUCGUUGUAAGCAGUGCCUAACAAAGGACGAUACCAUAGAAUCAACAAUAAUAAAGAUACGACCCAAAAGAGUUUCUAGUUACAAUUAAUAAUAUUUAUUAAUUCUAAUUACAAAAGAAAAGAAAAUAUAAUUACAAUCUUCAACUUACAGUAUGGUAGAUCUUGUACCGGUACACAGUUAACACAGUUAGAAUAAUGUGCCAAUAAAUAAUGCAAAAUAAACACAUAUAAGCUCACAAAUACACAAAGAAUAAAACACGGGCCUAAGCCACACCCCUUUGUGAACACAGCGUCUCAUGCGGGGUCAAUCAGAGGGCACGCACGAGAAAUAUUACGUAAACAAGCUCUCUAUAACAACGAUAUAUUAAUCGAUUGUUUGGAGCGUUGAGCUUGUUUAAUGUUUAAUAUUCCGAACAUACCAGAGGCUAGAGUCAGCACCGCUAAUAGUGGCCAAUAGUACCAAAAUCCGGAAUGCGGGAGAAACCGGAAUCCGGAUCCGGCGGAUUUCGCAUAAGAAAAUCCGGAUCCGGAUCUGGUUGGAAAAAACGGAUCCGGCACACCCCUAAUUUUCUUUGACUGAUCACACACACACUGACAUACAUUGAUGAACAAAUUAUCUCUUUUUGGGAAGCAGUUAGAUUGUUACAUUUUUUUUCAGAAUUAAACUGUUUAAGCUAAAAAAAAAAUGUUGCAUUAAGGUGAGACAUAUAUUUUUCUCUAAAACAUUUAUUACAGGCACAGCAAACUAUUGUAAGAAAACAACAGCUCCUGUUAAGGCAGAAGAAGGUCUGACCGGCAAACUGUCAAGUCAUAAUCAAACAGCAGUUGGUUGCUAUGGAAACAUGAAAGGCUUUUCUAAUGAUGAUCUAGAAGCAUUAGAUGUGGAGGGUCGUUGUGUCAUCACCCAGCACAAAAUCAGGUGGAUUUUUUUUUUUAAAUUGAUUUAAAGCAAUACAAUUUAAUAGUUACUGUCGUUUUAUGAACUCACUGAACGUGAUUAAAAACAUCUAUCAUACAGCUAUGAAGUCUUUGACACAAAACAAUACAUUUUGAAUUUCAGGCUACCCAGCAAUGUACUAAAAGAUCUUGCCAUUGUUAAUGUGUAUGCACCCCGAGCUGGAGAAAAGGAGGACAGACUGCGGUAUAAAUUGAAGUUUCUCUCCCUUCUGCAAAGCAGAUGUGAAUCAUUACUCAAGGAAAAAAUGUAAGAAUAUGAAAUGCUCUGAUACUAUUUGAGAACCAAACUAAUUUUUUGUUAAUGUAAUAUGUCUCGUGAAGAAAUUUGAACCUUACCAUUAUUGUAAAAUUCUCGUCUCAUAUGCAUGUACCUUAACAAUAAUGUUCCUCUUGACCUAUUUGGUGUUGCACAUGCAGAUGUGCUGUUUGCAUUUGAUACAUUUGAUCUUUAUCUAUGUUUGAUAAAGCCAUAAACUAAAUAACGUUAAUAUGCUAAUUAAUUCUGUAUAGCUUCUGGCAAAAAACUUAAAAAAGGAAUGUGUAACAUCAUUCUUAAGGAUUUUUGUUGUUGUUCAUCCCUUUCAAGAUGAUUUAAUUUAAGCUCUUAACCAUCUCACGUUGAUUUGUGUCUCCCUAGACAUGUUAUUGUUGUUGGUGAUAUGAACAUGACACAUAAACAGCUUGACACAUGUGAGUCAGAAUAUGAUGUAAGUUAAGGUUUUUUUUCAUUGUGAGUUUUUUCUAAAUUCCUGCAAUAUUAGUUUUUUUUAAGAAUUAACACCAAAUUUCAUAAACAGACAAUAAAUUUCUAUUAAUUAUUGAGAUAGUUAAAUUUAUUUUUUACCCAACAUGUUGAAUCAGACCUACUUAAAAUACAUUACACUUUUUUUCUUUUUUUUUUCCCCCUCCCUCCUCCCUGUCACAAUGUCAGACCCCCAUCCCCACAAGGUAGUCCACACUUUUGAACUAAACAUCAGUAAAAAACCUACAAAUAAAUAAAAUUUAAUGCAAAACACACUAUUAAAUUUAUAAAAGUGACAUCUUCGUCAGAAUAAAUUUAUCACAACAGAAAGUUCAACAUCACUGUCAAUUUCAGGUUUUAUUUGCAUGUAUGAUAAAAACAUUUGUGACAUCUCUCAAGAUCUUUACCCCUUCUAUCCCCCACCCCAGGGUCACAAACUGUCACACUUUCAUAGAACCCCUCCUCCCUGUGUAGCUUUGACAAACUUUCUGGACAGCCCCUUACCUUGAAUUUUACUAAGAUUAAUUGCCUUAUCCUGAAAAGUUUUGUAAACGUAAUUUCUUAUUUCAUUGUUAGUCAUAUUUUGAUGCAGAAUUCUGCCUUUGUGAUUUUUUAAACAAACCACCACUUAACUAAAAACUUAAUUAACAUUUUUGUUAAACCAUUCAUAAUAUUACACAAUAAAGAUUUAUCUCUGCAUUUUAUUAGGUGGAGUUUUUGAGGUUGCCAAGCAGGAUCUGGUUCAACGGGAUGCUGCAGAAAUCAGAAAGAGACACUUCUUUGCCGGCUAUGGACAGCUACCUAAAUGAAAUAGCUCCUCCCGGACUAGAGGGGGGUCACUUCAGCGAUGUAUUCAGAUAUUUACAUCCAGAUCAAGCAAAUGCUUACACUAACUGGUAUACAACAAAUGAUCAUAGACAGACAAACUAUGGGCGACGUUUAGAUUACAUUCUGGUAGACACUGAACUGGCGGGUUUUGCAACAAAGUGUGAAAUCCAGCCUGAGGUUGAAGGCUCUGACCAUUGUCCAGUGGUCUUGACAUUAGAAUGUGAACCUGUCCCUUCAACAAUUUCUCCAAAGCACUGUUCAAAGUUUAUGCCAGAGUUCCGGGGUCAGCAGCAAAAACUGUCUAUAUUUUUUGGCAAGACUGGAAAGAAAAGCUCAAAAUCAGGUUGUUUCUCUGCUAAAAAUUCAAGAGGGUGCCAUCAAGCAAGUAAUUUAAACUCAGAAACUGGGGAAUUCUUAAAUUCUCAGGUGCAGAAGCCUAAAGUCGAAUGUAUGCAAGCCAUCCCCCUGGCGAAGAAUGCUCCUUUAAAAAGGGGUACAACUCAGAAAGAGCAGGGUUGCAAAAAACAAAAGACAGACUCAAAAAGACUCAGCAGUAACCAGGUCAACUUGAACUCAUUUUUCACAAAGUCAAAAAACUUAAAUGCAGGUAUAAAUACCUCUGCAACUACAAGUGACAGUUGUAAGGCUUGUGAUAAAAUUGUCAUUGAUCUGGAAGAAGACUAUGACUUGGAUGAUUUAGAAUUAAGCCCAAAUGUGAACUUGAAGACAUUACCUCCUGAAAAAGAAAGUUUGCCAUUAUCACAUUUAAAAGGUUUCCCAUCAUCUGGUAUGGCUGAAGAAACCAUUAAUUCAAAAACAAAUAGUGACGUAUGGAAAGCUUUGUUAAAAGGUCCUUCUCCACCUCCCCUCUGCCCAGGACACAAGGAGCCAUGCAUUCUAAAGACAGUAACCAAAAGAGGUCCAAAUAAGAACAAACAGUUUUAUGUAUGCUCUAGACCCGAUGGGGCACCAGGGAAUCCAGAGUUAAGAUGCAAUUUUUUUCAGUGGCUCAAUAAAAAGAGCAAGAAAUUAUAAUCACUAUUAUGACUGUCAAUAAUGCAUAUGAAUUCAUUUGAGAAAAAAAUAGACAUGAGAUGCAAUUCAGUCUUUAUUCCUAACACUUUUUAAAUAUCUUACCAUGUGCUAUUUGAUCCCAGGCUUAAUAAUUCCUGAUAUUAAAGAUAUUUUAUUGACC